AAGCACCCCUUUAUUCCUUCCUGCUUUUCAAUAUUCUACCUUAAUUAUUUCCAUUGUUGAUUUGAUUGGAUUAGCACAAUCAUAAUUGAUUUAAUUAGUUUAAUUAUAACAAUUAUCUUUUAUACAAAUUAGCCAAGAUAAAUAGAUGUUGUUUGUACAAUACAAUUGAAAAAGAACGAAACUAUUCUUCUUCUUCACUUAUUCUUCUAAUAAUAAGAAUAAAAUGCAAGCUCUGAUUUGCAACGGAUAAGAACUAUAUAUUCAAUUGUGCAUUGCUCACGACAUGAACACAUUCGUCUCUUGCUCAUCCUUAUCAUUCUUUGAUCACAUCUCCGUCACCUUUUGCUUAGUGGCUUCCAGUGCAUGCAUGGCUCCACCUUAAUCGAACUCCGAAAUGCUUGUUUUUAUUCUUUCAUAUUAAAUAAUAAUAAAGGUGCUUGGAUGAAUAAAGAAAUCACCCAUUAUAUUAAAGAACUGCUUUAUUCCUUCCUUCCUUCCUGCUUUUCAAUAUUCUGCGUUGAUUAGAAGCCAUCAUCAAAUGUACUAUCUUCAAAUUAAUAGAAAGAAAAAAAAAACUAAUUUUCAUCUCUUGCAAUCAGUGAAUCAAGAAAAAAAACUGAUUUUCUUCAAAUUAAUAAGAAUGAAUGGCGUGUAGCCCAAGGCAUCUUUCUCCUUCUUUUCUCUCUCCCUUCUCUUCUUCUCUGUUGCUUAUACUAUUUUUGAAACCCUAAUCUCAGACAAAGUAGUAGAGAAUGUGAGAGGGAGAUGGCUGAAUCUGCUGUUUCACAGGUGGCAACCAGGCUUGCCGGGCUCUUGUCACAAGAAUUCUGGUUGUUGUAUGGAGUGCGUGAUGAGGUGGAGUGGAUGGAAAGAGAGCUCCGUAGGAUUAAAUGCUUCCUCAAGGAUGCUGAUGCAAAAGGAAAGAGAGAUGAAAGGAUGAAGAACUGGGUGAAUGAAGUUGUACAAGUUGCUUACCUAGCUGAUGACGCCAUUGAUACUCUCCUCAUUAAGGUGAAUCAUGAUCAGUCUCAUGGUUGGCUGAGUCGCAUCAAAUGCAGGUUUAAACCAAGCUUGUUGAUAAGAAGGCAUAAUGUUGGUGUGGACAUUGCUAAGAUAAAAGAAAGGCUUAAUGAGAUCAAGGCUAGCAGAGAAGUGUAUGGGAUUCAAAACUUGAGUGAGGAUGGAGAUGCUUCCAACUUAAUAUCCAUAAUAAGGAGACGCCAUUUCUUACCUCAAUAUUCUAAUGAUGCUGAUGUAGUCGGGCUCUUUAAUGAUCACAAGAUCCUAUUGGGACGACUGAUUAAUCAACAACAACAAAGGCUUUGUGUCAUUAGCAUAGUUGGCAUUGGUGGUCUUGGCAAAACCACCCUUGCACGGAAACUCUGCCAUGACAAUGCUGUUAGCAAUCAUUUCCGCAAGCGCAUUUGGAUAACAGUCUCUCAAGAAAAUAGUUUAAUGGGGCUCCUCAGAAAGAUGCUUGAAGAAGUUGGAGUGAUUGAAAAAGAGAAGUUGGAGAAGAUGGAAGAAAAUGAUUUGAUAGACAUGCUUAAUGACUCACUAAGAAAACUGUUGGGGUUUUGACCUGAAAUGCAACAGUGAAAAACUGCGGAAUUACUGUUCACUUACGGGGUUCAUGCGCCCGCAUACACCCCGUGAAGCUCACUGGCGAUCUUGUGCGGCCCGUAUGCAGCCCGCAUAAGCUGCAAAAAACCUUCAAUGUCUUCCUUGAGGCUUCAAUGUUGCUCCCAAGGGUUCUACAAGGCUUCAAAGCUUCAAAACAACUCAUAAAAAACUAUCAAACCCCUCAUUCAUGUUAGAAUGAGAUGAUCAAACAAACAAAGAUUCAAGACAACGAUUUUUAGCGUGGAAACCCUACAAAUCGAGGGAAAAACCACGGGACUCCUUAGAGCCUCUUAAACAUGUAUCCACUAGGUCAAUAAAGGAUUACAAUGGAUCUUCUCUAGCUAACUAGAGGUUUACAAGCACAAGGACAAAGGCAUUCAUGAGAGAAGAGUUCUCAUUGACAAACAUCAUCAUCAUCAUCAAGAUGGCUAACAAACAACAAGUAGGGAGAAAUAGAAGGAUCAAAUCUAAUCAAUAGGUAGUGCUUCUUGCAAGGAGUCUUCUCCUGAAGUUUGAGUGAGAUCCGGCGAGGUUUGGCCGUCCGAUCUCCUUGCCCUAGCCUUCUCUCCUUCUUCUCCUUCUUUUCUUUCCCUCUCUCACUUCUUUUGGAUAAUCACCCUUAAUCACAAGCAUAACCUUUUCUCAUUAUCAAGGAAUGAGAAAAAUUCACCUUGUAAAGUUACCCCUUUGCCCUCCAUCUUCUCCACUAUUGACCUAGUUUCA